AUGACUUCUACCUUGCAAGCGGAACUAAGGUUCACGCAUAUAUUUGCUUCCAGUUGCCGCCUGUGCGCCCGCAGACAGUCGAGCAAAACACGCUCCUUUCACACCACACCUCGAUUUCGUUCUCCGCAAGAAGCUUCGAACAGCGCUAGCCCUCCAGGCGGUCGUGGCAGCGACAAUGACAAGAACAUUGAAGAUGCACGUACGGCAGCGACCAAGGGCCGGGCACUCCUAGAAGAGCAGAAGAAGUCUGUAGCAAGUUCAGCUGCUCACGAACCCUCCACUUCGGAUAACGGCAUCCCUUCGACUACGCCGAACUAUUAUGGGUCAGCGUCCAGGCGACGAAUGCGCAAUCGGGUGUCGAGCUCCGGCGAUACUUUCUCAACGCCGCAAUGGUUCGAAAACAGCAAUAUUCAUUUGUAUGGAGAAGAACAUUUAGCACAGGGCACUCGCUCAAGGGUACAAAAGGUGGCUGCAGAUCUGGUUACCGGUGAGCCCUUGGACAAACAUCUUUCCCCAAGCUCGGAUGGAUCGCCUCCUCGAUCACCUGGGGGAAGCGACAAUCGAUUUGAAAACCGCACUUCGUUGGACAACGAUGAAUCAGCACAAGCCGAAGAUCCAAAGGAUGUGAAUCACCCUUCAGCAUUGUCCAGGCCUGAUGGACCUUUCCAGAAAAGAUACUUCGUAUUAGACGAGCAAUAUGAAGAGGUUAUGCGAACUGCCCGAGGCCUUUUGCAGUUGCCCGGGGCGCAUUCUCGUAUCCAAGAAACUGAAGGAUUAAGGGAACAUCUACUGCUGCGGUACGCGGGCAAAGAUGGUGACCUUUUGCUGGAGCACGUUGUUGAAGAUCUCGCUCGUGACUUGGGCUGCGACCUCAUGGGCCUGGAUGCUCAGGAUAUUGCAAGCCUAAUGGCGCAAGCGUCGGUGGAUCCUGGUGUUAUCAGCUCCAGCCGCAUGUUCAGUUACGAUGUUUACAAUGAUGCAUUCUCCGAUCCAUCUGCAACAAGACGGCUUCGAGAAUCCAAAGAAGAAGAUGAUGAUUAUGAGGAGGAAGAGAUGGAGGUUGACGACUUAUCAGGCCCAUCCAAUUCAUCACCACUGGGAAUGCCAGUCCUGAUCGGCAAGCCCUUUCUUCCAGAUCUCAAAUCACUUUUCGGAAGUUCGGACCGCAGAUCGAGUGAAGGCAUGUUCGGACGACGAUUGACCAAGAUAUUCUCCGAGGUACCAGGUUCGUCGGGAGGGAAUUGGUCGAAGCAAGGUCUGAAAGCUGGGAGAUUCCGUGAAACACCACAGAUCUUUCCGUCUCUUCUGGCCAGCCUCUCGGAGCGGCAAAAGGUUUUAACUGGCCAGGAUGUACAACAGGAAACCGAUGGCGGUGAACGGAAGCAAGCUCUACAAAGAUCGCGUGAAGCUGCAGCAAAGCAAAACGGACUACCCAAGAACGCUGUGAUCGUCCACAUCAAGGACCUUGAAUCUAUUCAGGAGACUUCUUUGGGCCUCGGAUUCUUGCAUGAACUAUACAAGGACAUUUCUCGACAGAGGAAACUGGGCGCACCUUUGCUUCUCAUUGGGACCGACACCCUAAGAGAAGAUUCCGAUCCUUUGACAAAAGAGGGCAUCAAAAUCUUCCAACUCGGCGAUCGAGAUGAGAUAUCUCAUAACAUUGUCAUCACCCCAGUGCUACCGAACACGACAUCCAAGCUUGCGCUUCUUCACGAUCGGAAACAACGAAUUGCAACGAUUAAUAUGAGACACCUGUGGGAUUUGAUGCGGAGGCAAAAGCCAUCAGUCUUCGCCCAUCUGGAACCUGGAUUCUGGCGACGUGACUUUUUCAACCAUCUUGCUCGUAGCGACAGAUCGUAUUUGGAAGCCCAGAUCUGGAGUUACUCAUAUGUGCAAAGGUUGGCAACAUACAUUGCCGGCGCUGCUCCUCCAAUUCAAGAUAUUCCUGGCAUCACCGACAAAGCAGAACUACAGGAAUCUCUUGCUGCUGUUCAGGGUCUCUCUGAGCCUGUCAUAAGUGCCGCGAUAGCCCACUUGAACCACAGCGACAAGACCAAGAUGAGAUGGGCGGAGAAGAACAGCGUCGAACUGAAGCUAGAAAUUGGCGGUCGAACAGGUGCUUCCUCUGCCUCUCCCAAAGAAGACUCACGACUUGCGUCGAUCCGAGCGACUGCAUCAAAGUAUGAAAAACGGCUCAUGGGUGGUAUCAUUGAAGCCAAAAACAUUUCCACAACAUUCAACGAUGUGCACAUGCCUGUAGAGACGAUCGACACUCUCCAAACCCUGACCACGUUGUCCUUGGUCAGACCUGACGCUUUCAAAUAUGGCGUCCUUGCAUCGGACAAGAUUCCAGGCCUGCUGCUCUACGGCCCACCCGGCACUGGUAAGACUUUGGCAGCCAAGGCGGUAGCCAAGGAGUCUGGUGCGACGAUGCUAGAGGUCAGUGCGGCCGACAUCAACGACAUGUACGUGGGAGAAGGCGAAAAGAACGUCAAGGCAUUGUUCAGCUUGGCCAAGAAGCUUUCACCGUGUGUGGUAUUCCUGGACGAAGCCGAUGCCAUGUUCAGCGCACGAAGCAACCAGGGGCGUCGCGUAAGCCACCGUGAACUCCUGAAUCAGUUCCUCAAAGAGUGGGACGGCAUGAGCAACGACUCUGGCAGUGCCUUUAUCAUGGUGGCGACCAAUCGGCCGAUGGACCUGGACGAUGCUGUCCUGCGUCGUCUCCCUCGUCGCCUGCUUGUCGACUUGCCCACCGAACCGGACCGAUUGGAGAUUCUGAAGAUCCAUCUUCGCCACGAGCAGCUGGCCGACGACGUCGACGUGGCCGACCUCGCUAAACGGACGCCUUUCUACUCUGGCUCGGAUCUGAAGAACGUGGCCGUCGCUGCCGCGCUCAACUGUGUCCGUGAAGAGAACGACCUUGCCAAACAACAUCAGGGCGAUGAACCGUAUCAACAUGCCGGUCGACGGACUUUGGCGAAGAGACAUUUCGACAAGGCCCUUGAAGACAUCUCGGCCAGUAUCUCGGAGGAUAUGAGUUCGCUACGCGACAUCAAGAAAUUCGAUGAGCAAUUUGGUGAUAAGCGUGGGAAGAAGAAGAAGAUACCCAAGCUCGGCUUUCCUACAAGAGAUGAAGACGCGAGUCGUGAUACGAGAAAGGUCAGAGAUUAG